AUGUUCAAAAGAAAACAAAAGUCAACAGAUUCAGGAGCUCAGCCCAUGCCGAGCUCCACUGGCAAAUUACUUGACAUGAACAAAGUUUUGGACAAGGGUCUGUCUUCAGGUGUAUCAAAUAAAUCGUUUCAAUUGACUGAUUUAUCAAGGUAUGGUGUCACUGGUGGUAUUUUGUGUAUGGCAUUUGAUCCUAUCCAGAGUCUCUUAGCAAUAUCAACAGGUAAGGGGGAGGUGCACGUUUUUGGACAAAAGAAAGUCGAAGUUGCGUUUGUGUUAGAAUCCAGUUUGCAGCUCAUUACCCUCAAAUUCGUUAAGGGUAUUUAUUUAGUAGCAAUUGAUGCCAAAAGCACCAUUUUUGUGUUUUCACUACAUUCCAAGAAGCUAUUGUACACUUAUUCUGCACCAGGUAUCAUCACCUCCGUUGAAACAGACUAUUCACUUGAGUUUUUGAUAAUAGGCCUUCAAAACGGUUCUUGUAUCUUUUACGAUAUCAGCAUUGGCAAAGUAACUCCAUACAGAAUUGGUAAUCUGCAGAGAAAAGUAUUACCUUCAAUUAAGUAUGUGAGUCCAGUUCUAUCUGUCAAGUGGCAUCCGAGAGAUAUAGGGACCGUACUAAUCGCCUAUACACAUGUCUCCGUCAUAUAUUCAUUUGUCACAGAUGAAAUCAAGCAAGAAUUUAUAUAUAAGCCACCAAACGGCCAAAACGUUCAACUGGUAACAGCCUUGUGGCAUCCUAAUGGCCUAAACAUAGUCACUUUGUACGAUGACAAUUCAUUUGUAUUUUGGGAUUCUAAUGAUGGUACUAUUCUGCAGGCGAGAACUCUUUACGACACAUACAUCAAUCAGUCUACUUCCAUACCAGAUACGCAAGGGUUGUCACCAAUAAUCAAGAUCUCCUGGAUAUGUGCUAAGGACCCAGAACAUACUCAGCUUGUUAUAUGUGGAGGUGAUACACCGGAGAAGUUAGGUGCCCAGAAUUUAACACUGUUAGACUUUGGGCAAACUCCAAAGUACUCGGUUACCUCUUAUGAAAAUAUGGGAAAGUACUACGCUUUCCCCAAAUCUCAGCGAGUAAUGCCUAUUCACAAUAGCACGGCCAUAAUUGACUUUCUUCCUUUGGGCGAAGCAAGUCCGUAUUUUGGCGGUAACCACGACCCAAGGUAUAUAUUGGUCUUAUCGGAUAGUGGUGAUUUGAAGCUUGUAAGCUUUCCACUGGGGACCAUCAACUACGAGGCCGGAAUCCUGCCUCCAACACUAACAUGGAUGAACCCAAAGAUAUCUUGUUCACGUGCCUGUCCGGUUCCAAGAAGCCAGUGGUUGGGUAUGCUGAGCGUUUCAACUGCAAGCAAAGUUCGGCCUCUGCUUAAAGGUGGAAGCUCACAAAAAAAAUCAGAUAGUGCGUAUUCACUGGCAUCAGCAUUGAUAACAGGGCAUGAGAAUGGAUUCAUCAGAAUGUGGGACGCAUCUUCUGGAGAACUUGACGUUUAUUCCUUGCUUGAAAUUGACCUUACUAAGAUCUUACAGGAUGACUCUAACGAUGUUACUGUGACAAAUGUUUCGUUUGCCGCUGACACUGCCGAGCUCGCAGUUUCCACUUUGAACGGACACGUUUUACUCUUCAAGUUUGCAAAGAACUAUAACUACAAUUCUAAAGUGUCGGAUUUAAAUCAGCGAUUUAAAAGUAUGAACUUGAAGCAUGAUAAUAAAGACCCUAACAGUCUUAGUGCUCAGAUUCUCAACGAUAUAAGCGAUCGCACACCUUUAGACUUGAAGGAAGGCUUUUUACCUGUAUCUUAUAUUCGAAAGAAUUCAGGAAAAGUAACCUCAUUGAUAAACAGCAACGUAGGUUUUGUUGGUAUUUGUUACGAAUCAGGGGAGUUAAUGAUCAUUGAUAGACGAGGCCCCUCUAUACUUUUUUCGAUAUUUCUCAGCGAGCUUUGUGAAGGUACUCCUAUAUAUGGUACUUGCUUAGAGGUGGGAGUAAUGGCAUUGAAUGAAGAUACAUUUUCGUCCUUAGUUUUGUUAUUAGGAACAAACAGAGGAGACCUGUUACGAUUUCAAAUUAUUCCAAGUUCAAAUGGAAGUUUCCAGGUAAAGUUUUAUGACAUUUUUAUUGGUGCUACGAAUGGACCAUUAUGUCAAUUGACUUGUAUUGAUAGGGAGACAGGAGCAUUCACGAUUGCAACUUUAGGUCAUUUCAAGAAAUUGUCUAAUGGUGUGGUCAUCCGAAGCCUGAUUAUUGCUUCAAGUAACUCAGAUAUCAGAAUCUUAGAUAAUAAGCUGCACAGAGUAACACACAAAACGAUCAAAAGCGGAGUUGCUACGUGCGGAGUCUCGGUUAUACCUAACUCAAAUCAGGGAAGUUCUCCAGUAUUUAACGUUCUAUCUAAGUCAAAUGAUAUCAAGGUUUAUUCUUUACCAUCCCUGAGGGAGAUAACGACUUUAAUACUGCCAUAUCCCGUCAGCACAGAUUAUUUGGCAUAUAGUUCCGUGAUUGCGAAUGGUGAAAUCUUGGUACGGAUCAAUGAGAGCGAAGCUGGGCUUGUGGAUAUUGUUGGACAUUCAACUGCAGAACUGUCUCCAACAAGGAAUAUUGACCAACUAUUCAAUGAUUCUUUGAUUAUCCCAUACAGACCAACUGUUAAUACUGUACAGUAUCUUAAAAGAGGAACCAAACUGAUAUCUUAUCAAGAUCUUAUCCAGUUAAUGUACGGAGGGAACGUCUCUUUACGAAAUCCAACUCCAGAUUCCGAAUUGGCCUUUCAAAUAUCACCCUACAACCCCAAUAACCAAGGAGUUUUGAACUCUAUGGUUAACAGUCCACUAUUGAAGUCUCCAUCGAAAUUUGGCGAGGAAGGUGGUUCUCAAGAUGAAGAAUUUAACUACAAUAAACCGAUUCGCAAGCACCACGUUGCUACCGUCAAUCCUUUGAAACAAGCAUACAGGUCCAUACAGAGUGGUAUCGAAUCUUUAGAUGAAGCUGGCAAUGAUUAUGCCAGUAAUUUCAAAGAAGGAUUAAAUUCAACAAUCGGCGAAGCACAAACUGGUAUAUUAAAGGCAGGCCUUCGAUCGAAGCUUGGGUGGUAG